CAGCUCGCUCGGCAGUGGCUGCGGCAGUGAGGGGAGGCGGCGGUGGUCCUGCGGCCAGUCAUGAGCGGGUUCGGGGCUGCGGCGCCGCUUUCGGGCCCCUCGGCUACGGCGGUGGCCCGGAACGGCAGCGGCGACAGCCUGGAGAAGAUCGACAUGUCCCUCGUGUGCUGAAUCUUUGUUUCCAAGGUUACCAAGAUUAAUAGACUUAUUAUGAUAUAAUUAAACUGAACAAGAAAGAAGAGAGAAAACAGUACUCUCCCAAAAUGAAAAGAGGGCUUCAGCAGAAUCCAACUCGACAGUUCAGGGCACCAGGUUCCAAGUGGGGAAUGCAGCAGCAGAAAGAUUAUGGUAAAAAUCGCUUGGGCCGCAGAAAGAAGAUAGCGGGGAAGAAGCGUUCCUAUGGAGUUAUAACUGGCUUGGCCGCCAAGAAAGCAAUGGGUUCCCACAAAGGAAUUAGUCCUCUGAACAGACAGCCACUUAGCGAGAAGAACGCACAGCGGAAUUACCCAGUUUUGAAAAAGAAAACAAACCUGCAGAGACAAUCUGAAAUGCAGAGAAAACAAGCUCCAGCCCUCAGGAGGCCUGCCCCGCUAAAUAGAAGGAAUAACACACCGUCUACUUUUGCUCGAAUUGGAAACAAACUAAAUCAACAGAAAGACACUCGUCAAGCAACUUUCCUGUUUAGAAGAGGCUUGAAGGUGCAGGCCCAUGUGCAGUCAACAGAUGACCUUGAUAAUCAGACAGUAAAGAGAACUCGUCAAUGGCGAACUUCUACCACAAGUGGAGGGAUUCUGACUGUAUCGAUUGACAACCCGGGAGCAAUCAUAACCCCAAUUUCCCAGAAGUUACGAUUAACUCGUACACCUGUGCCACCAUUUCUGAUGAAAAGGGACCAAUCUGAAGAGAAGAAGAUUCCCAAAGGGGUUCCAUUGCAGUUUGAUAUUAAUAGUGUUGGAAAACAGACAGGGAUGACACUGAACGAACGUUUUGGGAUCCUGAAGGAACAAAGAACAGCGCUGUCUCAGAACAAAGGGAGCCGUUUUGUCACAGUGGGGUAACCUGGCAGAUGGACUGGAGCACUGAUCCCACCUACCUAAGAAACCGAGAGAAAAGUGGGCAGAAGAAUACAGCAAAUGUCACUGAAAUUCUCCGGACUUCUUGCUCAGAUGGUGGCAGAGCUAUCUAUCUUUAUUACUUUUACUUCCAAUGGUAAAAGAUGUGAUGCGGUGAGGGGGGAAAAGUGGGGAAACUGAUCCGCUGGAGUGGCACCAUCACCUGAUUGGAAAAGAUUCUGUGGCCCAGCUGAUGACAAACCCUGAUUUUUGGUUCAUCUUGCAACCAAAACACAAACAUGAAUUUUAAAAGUUGGGGUUUGGGUUUUUGUUUGUUUAGGAGUGCUCAGUCUUUGUUCUUUUGCCCCUCUGUUAUGGUAAAGAUUGUGUGUUUCAUUCCAAACCCCAUUUUAGGGUUUUUUAGGGACUGCCUAUGAACUCUCCUUUGGACUGCAGUUUGGCACAGAGCCUCAGUCCAUGAAUACUUUGGUAGUGAUGUAGCGGCAUUUUUCAUGGGAGCAUCAGUUGUAUUUCUUUGUGUUUUCGAAGUUCAAUUUUUUUUCCUUUCUUGAAAACUGAAUGUUUUUCAUCCUUAACUUUCACAAAUAAAGCUGUUAGCUGAGACCCGAAUUACGUAAUUGGGAUGCAGACUAUUCUACUCUUAUCCUUCAAAGUGGUCCAGAUCAUAUUGGAGGAAUACUGCAGGGGCAGCACGAGAGUAAUUUGUAUUACAAAUAGCUGAAGUUCAUCAUCCUCCUCUGUAAAUGGAGUAUGUCUGUCUCCUAUUUUUUCUUAAACUUUUGCUUUUGAUUUCUUUUGUAAGUUUUUUCAGAAACCUAAUGCAAUAACUUCACAUUUUUUGAAUAAUUUCAUAGGAAUAAAUACAACAACUUCACAAGACAGUCAGUGGUAUGGUAGAAUUCCUUUCCCUCUGAGACACAGGAUUCUCAUCUUGCAUAUCUUGCCCCAGGAGAGUUUCUCUGGCUCUUACAAAUAGCUGGAGGUGAGGAAUCUAAAGGCACUAGUUUGUCUAAACCAAAGAGAGGUGAGAUGUGAAGCUGAUCAGACAUGGUCAGGCACCUUGAAACUGGCUGAAGCUGGGGAACAUUGCUAAGAAAAGCCCUUGGUUUGCCAGCCUGUGUACGGCAUUAAGUGGGAGCACGUAGCCACGUGCUUUAAGCUGAGCUUUACGCAUCAGAAUCCGCAGAAUGGUUACAACAGGGGCGUCCUCAAUGGCAGUUUAUUUGAGCCCUAAAAAUGAGGCACCUGCUCAGAAUUGCUUCCAGACCAGGAACUUAACGCUGUUCUAUAGCAACGAGAUUUUGUUAAAGUCAGGUAAAAGAAUGGUUGGCUUGCUGCAUCCAGAAAUGUUUAUGGUGUUUGGAGUGGGUUUAUUUCCUUUUAUUGUUCUUGGCGAAUUUACAUUUAACUUCUUACAGAGUUGGUUUCCUUGCGUUUCAAUCUCAAAUUCCAAGUUAACUAGCAUUUACUGGGAACUUCGACGUUGAGGAGCAUUUGACAGUAGAAGGGCUUUUGUUUCUGUAGCAGUUUAAAAGUCAGAGUGCAUCCUGAUGCUAUAUAGUACUUAAACCCUUAUUUUUAAUGUUGAAAAAUACACCUUAGCAGAAGCAAACUAAGCGUAACGGUGUUAAGGGUUUUUUUCUUAAUUACUAGUAGGAUUUGUUUUGGUUUUUUUUAGAAAAAAUGUCCCACUGUUAGAAUUUCAGUAGAUAGUGUUGUCAGCCAUCCUGUUCAGUGUAUACAUUUUCCAUGGGCCGGGAUGCAACAAAAACUUCUUUUGCAUCAACAUAGAUGCAAAACACUGAUGCAAUGCAUCAAAAAAUGCUAGUUUGUAUUUAAUGAGAAGAUGCUUUACACUGUAUCUUUUGGUAUUUUUUGGAGAAGUUAUUACGUUUGAUCUAUUCUGAAGCUGUAAUUUUUUUUUUUUAAUAAAAAGUUACAGGUUUCA